UUUUCCUGUUGCCAUUGCAACAAGUGGCCGCUGGCCUAGUCAGAACAAGGCCAUAAAACAUUUCAACUGAAACAGACUAGAGAUCCCAAGUAUGCCUUCUGGAGAAAGGAAACCCAUGUUCCUGAACUGUACAGAACACAUUCAGAUGGAUUUAAAAGCUAAACCUUAUGCAAAAUGGACCCAGGAAAUGAAGCCUUUUGUGUCUCAAAUUUACUUUACCAUAAACAACUCUUCUUUGGAGAAAGAAUGUUGCUUUGGAAUCAGAGAAAAACAGUGUGGUGCUAACGAUCCAAAAGAAUUCAAAAGCCAUCAGCACGACAAUGCUGCAGAGAGAGAUUCGGACUCCACUAAGGAGUCUGUGGCAUCACAAAACACAAAAAUGAUUUCAUCCAUAGUCAUUUCACAGUUGAUUGAUGAGACUAAAUCAAAAGAAAAUGGGUCUGCUUUGCCGAUGCAGUCUGUGAUCACUCAGCCUAAUGCUUAUCAUACGAAGCAAUCUCUGGCUAAUCAUAGUUCAGUCAACAUUAAUAGAGCAUUCAUGUUACUUUCCAGCAGAUUAGGAAUUCAGGCAUCUUUCGAUGACAACGUAUCUAGAACAAACUCUCGUAAAAAAGGAUUCACAUCCAUAACAGUUACCACUAGACGGGUUGUUCCACCUUUUAACAACCCAGUGCAAAUAGCUGUUACUGAUUCUCUGUAUUUGAAAUGCUGGGGAGGUGAUGUACUAAUGAACACUACUGCUACUUCAAACAAUGCAGGACGAGCUCAGCACUGCAAACCUUUGCAUAAUCAAGAAUCUUAUAUAAACCGAUAUGCCACCAGAUUAAAGGUUUCUGAAUCUUAUUCACAAGUAUGUGAAGGGCACGGAGACUGGAUUUUUAACAUUGAAAACAAAGAAAACAGAAUAUUUCCUCCAGGCAGCAAUCACAGGAAAAAAGCACCAGUUUCAUUCACUUCAUCUGUUCACUUCAAAAUUUCCCAGGAUUGUCCAAAUACAAUCUAUUACUUCAACAAGUCACUUUCUGUAUGUAUUGACCAACUUCAAAUUAAAAGCCAAAAAAUUCAUAGAUCAAUAUUGUCCUUCAAUAUAAAUUGCAGUUCACCCAGAUUAACACCAGAUGGAGCAGAUGGCAUAGCUAAUGGAGAGUCAAUAGCAGAGAUACUUAAAACAAAGCUCCCAGAAGAAAACAAGACUCCACUCAGAGCAAAUUCAAAUGCAGAUUUAAAAGAAAAUAAUGUAGAUAAAAAACAGACAGCAGAAAAGGAAUAUUUGGGUACCACAUGCCCUUGGAAAGGUACAUCUCCCUCUGAAUGUCCAGCAUUUGUGGAUACAGCCAAAGGAAUUAAUACUUUAAUAGUCACAAAGCAAAAAGAAGAUAAUUCUGAUAAACAGUGUACUGGCAAUGACAUCAAAUUGUCCAUUCAAGUUCCUAAGUGGAGUUAUGAGGCAGGAAUGCAAACUUUUUCUGGAAACCACAGGAGGCAGUACACUAAAGACAAGUACAAUGCAACUGCUCCUGCUUCCCUUAUGGAGCGAGCUCCCAAAGAUGAAUUCAGGGCUGAUGUUGAUGGCUCUUUGAAAGACAGAGAUCCAUCCAAAGGCACUUCAAAGUCCAAAGAGAGUCGAGCACAAAGCUUUCUGAAACCAAAAAUCUCUGUGUCUGAUUGUGUAUGUGAUAUAAAGGCCUUAUCAAAAACUGCACUGGAAGAAAAUGAUAUCCACAGGAAAAAUCAGUUCCCAAAAGGUGAUUACAAAUUCUGUGGUUCAGUUGACAAAAUAAAGGAUUGUAAGAAGAGCGACAAACAAGAGACGGCCAGCAGGGUAACAACCUCUGCAGCUCACUCACCAGAUGUUACUCAUGAGAAACAAGAAGCAUUCACACAGCCAGAAAUCUGUGCUGUGCCUGAGAAAAUUCCAUCCAGCCUACUGUCUCUAAGGGAGGCUCUGGAAGUCCAUAAACCUCAGUUUAUUUCUCGUUCACAAGAACGGUUGAAAAAACUUGAACACAUGGCACAACUGAGGAAAACCCAGCAGAGUGACACUCCAGAAAAGCAAGAAGGAGCUCUUCUUCCUCGCAAACUUUCCUCAGCAUCCAUUUCUAACAAAAAGAAGCAAUAUACCGUUCCUCACCCUCUCAGUGAUAACCUGUUCAAACCAAAGGAAAGGUUCAUUUCGGAGAAGGAGAUGCACAUGAGAUCUAAAAGGAUUUAUAACAACUUGCCUGAAGUGAAAAAGAAAGAAGAAGAAAAACAGAAACGAAUAAUCAUACAAAGCAACAGACUACGUGUGGAGGUCUUCAAAAAGCAACUACUGGACCAGCUUCUUCAAAGAAAUACGGAGUGACAAAGGAGGCCAUUGGAUCUUGAAUGUCUUUGACUAUUAGAUAAGACAUAAAAUUUAGCAUUAUCUUAAUUACCUGGAAACAUCUUUCUUACCUUUAACUCCCUAUGUAA